GUCAAAUAUUAGUUAAUUCCCGCGAAAUUUUCUUCAGCACGAUUUGCAGCAAGCAUAGGGAUGGAAGGAUAUUAGGCAAACAUAGAAUAAGGACAAAUUAAGUAUGCCUGGUUUUGAAGAGGGGUUCUCCCCAUUCUCUAAUCCAGGAGAAAGACCUGAUGGUUCAAUGGAUUAUGUUGUUAUUAGUGGUAUUUCCUGUCGUCUGCCAGAAUCAGAAAAUAUGGAGGAAUUUAAAAAACACUUGAUGAGAGGUGACAACAUGAUAACAGAAAAUAGAAGAUGGGAACCAGCAGCACAUGGUUUGCCUUCUAAAGCUGGAACCCUGGUAGACAUAAGUAAAUUUGAUGCAGCUUUUUUUGGUGUUCCACCCAAACUGGCUGAUAGUAUGGAUCCUCAGUUACGUGUCAUGUUGGAAUUAACUCAUGAAGCACUUAUAGACUCAGGAAUUUCCCCUGCAACUAUAAGAGGAUCCAACACAGCAGUAUAUAUAGGAUGUGGGAUGUCAGAAGCAUGGGAAGCUCUGUCAACAGAUAAUAGUAAUGUGACAGGGUAUUCUCCACUUGGCUGUACCACUAGUAUGUUUGCUAACAGAAUAUCAUUUGCAUUUGACCUCAGGGGUCCUAGCUAUGGUUUGAGAAAUGGUUGUGGCUCUGGUUUGCUGGCAUUAGACAGAGCUAUAUCAAGUAUUAGACUGGGUGAUUGUGAAACUGCCAUUGUUGCUGGAUGUAAUUUAUGUAUGAAACCUGCCACCUCUGUACAGCUAGCAGAAAUGAAUUUAUUGUCUAUGGAUGGUCAUUGUAGAUGUUUUGAUGAGAGGGGAGAAGGUUUUGGUAGAAGCGAAGGAAUUGUUGUGAUGUGUUUACAAAAAAAAGCCAAAGCAAAAAGAGUUUACUGCACAGUUAUUCACUCAAAAUCAGCAACAUUUACUACUGAAAAUAACAAUUUUAACUUUCCCAACUUUGAAGAAGAAAGACAGUUUUUACAAGAGACCUACAGAGAAGCUCGUUUAGAUGCCUCACACAUUUCUUACAUGGAGAUAGGCAGUAGUUGUACAAAGAUGUCAGACACAAUAGAAUUGAAUGCUAUUUCUGAUGUUAUCUGUAAAAAUAAAAGUAAACCAUUACUUAUUGGGUCAGUUAAGUCAAAUAUAGGUCACACUGAAGCUACCUCAGGACUGGCUGCCGUUUCAAAAAUUAUAAUAGCCAUGGAAGAUGGUAUUAUUCCACCAAAUCUUCAUUUCAAUUGGCCAAAUAUUCAGAAUGAACAGAUUAAAGUUGUCAGUGAAAGAACAAGGCUUAAUGGUGAAUAUUGUGCUGUGAACUCAUUUGGACUUGGGGGUGUGAACGUUCAUACAAUACUGAAAUCAUAUGACAAAGACAAAAAAUAUCAUUUUGCUAAUGAAAAGAAAAGACUUUGCAUUUACUCUGCAAGAACAAAGCAAGGUUUAGAGUCAAUAUUUUAUCUGAUGAAGUCGCAUCAUAAAGAUUCUUACUUACAUUAUCUGUUAAAUGAAACCAGUGGCCCUUGGAAUAAACAGUUGCCAUACAGAGGUUAUGUUGUCUUGAAUGGAAAGAAUCAUAUGCAGGAAAUUCAAAAAAUAGAAAUAGAGAGCCAACGUCCAUUAUGGUUCAUUUUCUCUGGCAUGGGGACACAAUGGCCUAAGAUGGGCAGACAGAUGAUGCAGAUAAACAUGUUCAGAACUUCCAUAAUGAAAUGUGACCGUGCCCUCAGACCACAUGGUAUCAGCUUAUAUGAUAUGAUAAUGGAAGGAGAUGUCAAUGUAUUUGAUUCAGUCACUAAUUCUUUUAUAGCAAUUGCUGCUAUACAGGUAGCAUUAGUUGAUAUGUUGUUUAGUAUGAACAUUAAACCUGAUGGUGUUGUUGGACACUCAGUUGGAGAGCUGGGCUGUGGAUAUGCUGAUGGAUGUCAGACAGCAGAAGAGACAGUCCUGGCAGCUUACUGGAGAGGUUAUUGUAUCGCUGAGGCUAAUCUACCACCAGGGGGCAUGGCAGCUGUGGGUAUGACAUGGGAAGAAGCCAAAAAGAAGUGUCCAGAAGGUGUAAUACCUGCUUGUCAUAAUGCUAAAGGGACAGUUACAAUAUCUGGUCCACUAGAAAAAGUUUCAAAGUUUGUAAAGGAACUAAAGGAGCAACAGAUUUUUGCCAAAGAAGUCAACAGUGCUGGAGUGGCUUUUCAUUCUGGUAUUAUGCAGAAAGUAGCACCAAGGUUAAAAGAGGAAAUGUCAAAGGUUUUAAAACCAAAACCAAGAACAAGCAAAUGGAUCAGCUCAUCAAUCCCAGAAGCAAGAUGGAACACUGACCUGGCUAAAAUGGCAUCAGCAGAUUAUCUUGUAAACAACUUAGUCAGUCCAGUGCUUUUUCAGGAAGCUUUAAAACAUAUUCCAUCAAACGCUAUGGUUAUAGAGAUUGCACCACAUGGUCUGUUACAGGCUGUUUUAAAGAGAUCAUUAGAUUCUACUUGUUCAAUGACAAGUCUAAUGAAGAGGGAACAUCCAUGUAAUCCUGACUUCUUCUUCUCAAAUUUGGGAAAAUGUUACAUUCAGGGAGUAGAUUUCAAUCCACUUGGAAUUUUCCCUCCAAUUGAACAUCCUGUGCCAAGGGGAACACCAAUGAUAGCUCCUGCUGUCAAAUGGGAUCAUACAAAGUCUUGGUACGUUCCAGAAAAUGACCAGUUCCUCAGUGGAAGUUCAGACAGACAGGCCGAGUCAAGGUUUGAAAUUGAUGCCUCAAAAAAUACAAAAGAUAAAUUUUUAGUUGGUCACAAGAUUGAUGGGCGAGUCCUGUUCCCUGCUGCUGGUUACAUUGUCCUAGCAUGGAGGGCAUUGGCAAAAUUUCAUGGGAAAAUCUUCAACCGCUUGCCAGUCAUAUUAGAAAAUAUUAAAAUACACAGAGCUACAUUGAUACCCUCUAAAGGUAGUUUGAACUUUGAAGUCAACUUGAUACCAGAUUUAAGAGAGUUUGAGAUUUGUGAAGGAGAUGGACUGGUUGCCAGUGGAACAAUCUAUUCUCCUUCUGAACCUAUAUGUAGUUACAGCAGGGAUGGAGUUCUGCCUCCCACAAGCCCUCGUAAAAAGAAAGAGAAAGAAAUGCUGCCUUCAGACAUCUACAAAGAAUUGAGGUUGCGAGGUUAUGAAUAUGAAGGAGAUUUUAGAGGCAUUUUCAAAGCUGUAAACAGGGGAAAUGUCGGAGAUUUAUUGUGGAAUAAUAAUUGGAUAACCUUCCUUGACACUAUGAUGCAAAUGAACCUGUUGACUAGACCAGGAUCUGACCUCAUCCUGCCCACUGGAAUCAAGUCACUAAAAAUAGAUCCAGAAACCCAUGUGUCUUCUAUGAAGGGGAAUGAUCCACUGACUAUUCCAGUUUAUCUUGACAAGUACUCUGAUACAACCACAGCUGGGAGUGUAGAAAUGUAUGGACUUCAGCUGACAUCAGCACCAAGGAAGCAAAACCAACAAACAGUAACACUUGAAGAAAGUGUGUUCAUACCAUACAUGGAAGUAGGAGGAAAAGACCUGUCUCCAGAAGAUCUGAAGGAAUACUGUUCAAAGUGUUCUUCCAUUGCAGCUAAUGGUAUUCUGAGAAUGAUGGGUAUGGAGGGAUUGGACUUUCCAAAUUUUAACAUGCUGAAGCAAGUCUCUAAAUCCCUAAAACCUGUUCGAUUCAUUGAAAAUGUGGAAAGGUUUUGGAAAAUACCAAACAAUGAGUUAUUUAUAGUCCUGAAUAAACUUUUCAGUAUGUCAGCAGAUAACUUUGUACAAAAUAUCAAGAGAGUGCUGGAAGCAUACAAGUCAGGGCUUGUAAAAGAUAGACUUCUGUCAAACCUUAUAAAAUCAAGGUCACUGAAACCAUGCCUUGACCUUGUAAUUGAAAAUAGUACAGUGAGCACCAUGAAAGUACUGGAGUUGGAAUCACCAGCAGAUAGUAUUACAAAAUUAGUUUUCGAACAUUUGAAUAGCCAACCCAUGACUUACAUUGAUUACACAAAAGUUACUUUGAAAGAAUCUGACAAUAAGACAUUAGGUAUAAGACAGAUAUUAUGGGAUGUCAAUGAAAUUCCUCCAGAAAACUUGAGUGGAAUCAGACUGGUCAUUGCUCACAACUUUUUACAUAGACAAAGCAAUGUUCAGAAAUCCUUAAAGAAUAUUAACAAAGUGUUAGAUGAUGAUGGGUUUUUACUGGUACAUGAAAUAACACAUAAUACCCACUUGCACUUGGCUGUCAUGGGUCUGUUGACAGAACUUCCAGUGACUGCAGAGACCAGAUCUAUUGCCUGUUAUUGUAAUGAAGAAAAAUGGUUGGAGAUGUUCGAGAAGGAAAACUUUCAAGUUGUAUCUCAAAAAUCAGAUGGCUUGCUGAAUACAAUCUUUCUUCUUCGUAAGAAACCACCAAAUGUACUGAAAUCUCAAACUGUAUUGAAUGUAGACCUAGACAUCACAAAAUCUGUAGAAGACUUGAAAAAGAAGUUACUUGAGGUUGUUGAAAAGCCUAAGGGAGAUAACUUGUGGUUAUUGACCAAGGACAAUAAUAAUGGCAUUGUUGGUAUGGUUAACUGCUUGAGAAAAGAACCUGGAGGGGAAAGAAUAAGGUGUAUUUUGAAUACAUCAGAUUCAGAUAGACCUCUGUCAGAGGAAUUAGUCAAACAUGAUAUGGUUAUGAAUGUUUUGCGUGAUGGAUCUUGGGGCUCAUUCAGACAUCUGCCUAUAUCACCUGGACAGAUACUAGAAAAGAAGUCACAUGGGUUCAUAGAUAUAGCUAGAAAAGGAGAUUUGUCCAGUCUAUAUUGGAGGGAUCAGAUAAAACAAGUGUGUUCACAAAAGUCUGAUGUUGUCUGUAAGAUGCACUAUGUGUCACUUGGUAUCAAGGAUUUGAUGUUUGCCAUGGGCAGAAUUCCUGCUGACCAGAAAUUUCAUCUAGGGACAGAGUUUUCAGGAGUAACAGACAAGGGAAGGAGAGUAAUGGGAGUCAUUGAUGAACAGGCAUUGGCCACAGAUGCAAUUGUUAGUAAGGAAUGUCUUUUUGAUGUUCCUGAAGAAUGGUCUCUAAGUGAAGCAGCCACAGUACCAUCAGCAUUUGGCUUGGCCUAUUAUGCUCUGACCAUGAAGGGAGACAUUAGUAAGGGAUCAAGCAUCCUGAUAGCCAAUGCCUCCUCAUCACUAGGACAAGCUGCUGUUUCUAUAACUGCCUUUAUGGGAUGCCAGAUAUUUGCUUUAGUUAGUACUUUAGAAUGUCAGCAUUACAUGAAGUUGAGAUACCCAUCAUUACAGAACAUUCACAUUAUAGACAAGAGUGAGCAGUUUGAAGGAGAAAUUCUAAGGCAAACUAAAGGAAAAGGAGUAGAUACAGUAUUUACUUCAACAUCAGGGAAUUUACACCAACUGGUUUUAAGUGCUUUAAAAGAUGGAGGAAAAUACCUAGAUUUGAGUUCUGAUUUUAAUAAUAGUUUAAUAGACAAGGACAUUUUACAUGAGAAUAUAACUUACUAUCACAUCAGGACAGAUCAUUUUAUGCCAGAGGAAUUAACAGGUAUAAAGGAUCUGAUUGGUCAAGGCAUAAAGGACAAAGUAGUACAUCCUCUGGACUUUAGUUAUUAUAAAUAUACAGAGAUCCAAAAAGCAUUUCAACAGAUACAGGACCCAAAUAAUCUAAAAUCUGUACUUAUACAGGUAAGAUAUCUUUACUUUAGUUAUUAUAAACAUACAGAGAUCCAGAAAGCAUUUCAACAGAUACAGGACCCAAAUAAUCUCAAGUCUGUACUUAUACAGGUAAGAUAUCUUUACUUUAGUUAUUAUAAACAUACAGAGAUCCAAAAAGCAUUUCAACAGAUACAGGACCCAAAUAAUCUAAAAUCUGUACUUAUACAGAUAAGAGAGGACAACUCAGAAGACAUUAAGAUAUUAACAGAACCCAAACUUUGUUCACCAGACAAGUCCUACAUCUUGGUCGGAGGUCUCGGUGGAUUUGGUCUAGAAUUAGCUGAGUGGCUUGUAAAUGAAGGAGCCACAAAACUGGUUCUGACAUCAAGGUCUGGUAUAACAACAGGGUACCAGGAAAGAAAACUCAGGCUUCUAAGAGAAAGGAACAUCAAUUUAAUGGUGUCGUCUAGAAAUGUAACGACAGAGGAAGGAUGUAGGAAACUGAUGGAGGAGACUCAGAAAGUAGGACCUGUAGGAGGAGUCUUCAAUUUAGCUAUGGUAUUAGAAGAUGGCUUGUUUGAGAACCAGACACCAGAAAACUUUAAGAAAGUUUGUGAACCUAAAGUAAAUGGUACAAUGAAUUUAGAUAAAGUGACAAGGGAUAGCUGUAAAGACAGUCUGGACUGGUUUGUGGUUUUCUCCUCCAUUACAUCUGGACGUGGAAAUGUUGGUCAGACUAAUUAUGGAUAUGCUAAUUCAGCAAUGGAAAGACUUUGUGAACAGAGAAAGAAAGAUGGUCUCACAGGAUUAGCCAUACAGUGGGGAGCUAUAGGUGAUGUAGGAGUUGUUAUAGAUAAAAUGGGAGGUAAUGAUACAACAGUAGGAGGGACAUUACCACAGAGAAUGUCCUCUUGUCUGAGUACUCUGAGGAAACUUAUGACCCACUCAUAUGCAGUGGCAUCUAGCUUUGUACUGGCAGAAAAGACUAUAGAGACAGGGCAAGAUAAACAGGAGAGGAAAUUAACACCAUUAGAUGCUGUUAUGAAAGUGAUUGGAAUUACAGAUACUGAAAAUGUAAACUCAAGUACCCACCUUAUUGACCUUGGCCUUGACUCUUUGAUGACAACUGAAAUCAGACAAGUGAUGGAGAGACAGUUUGGUAUAACCUUCAAAGUGGAUGAAAUAAGGAAGCUUACAAUUAAACAGCUCCGUGAAUUUAACAAAGACAAAGAUACCAAACAACAGAAGAGUAAACAAGAGGAAGAAGUGAAGCAUGAUGGGAUUACAGCAGACGUUCUCAUUCAAUUGGAAGAGAUUGUUCCAAUCAAAUUAGUGGAGAAUGAUCCUGAACCUGUCUUUAUUGUUAACAUGCUACCAGAAAAUGUUGAGACAUUUAAACCAUUGACUGAAGAUGAACAACACAGUUUCUAUGUUAUACAAUGUACAGAUGAUUCACCUUUAUAUUCUAUUCAAGCCUUAGCUGGUCACUUUUUACAGGAGAUAGACCUGUUACAUCCAGAUAAACCAGUCCAUCUAGUUGGUUAUUCUAUUGGAGCGAGGUUGUGUUUGGAGAUGGCUUUACAGAAACCAGACAGCCCUACCAGUCCUGGUGUCAAGAGUUUAACUUUGAUUGAAUCACCACUGCCACUGAUUGAGAAGAAACUGAAAUCAAUUGAACCUGCACUGGAAAAGAAGAGAGAAAUUCUGAAGUCGCUGUUGCAAGUUCUUAAGUUUGAUAAAGAUAUUGAAUUACCAAGUGAAUCUCAUGAAAUGGUAGAGAAAGUGUGUAUCAUUAUAGCAGAGAACAGUAAUGGUCAAGUCCAAAACCAAGGCAUUUUUAGGGCAGUUCACUCAUAUUUACAGAAGAUGCAGAUAAUUACAAGUUAUAUACCAGAUGGAACGUAUGACGGCAGAACAGUUAUUGUUACACCACAGGAUGUGACUGAAUUAAAGGCUCAGAAGUAUUUCAAGCAAAAAAUCCUCCAUGUACAGGUUGGAAUUCAGGAUGAGACAUUCACCGACCAAACUGUAUCAGCAAUAAAGACAGCUCUACACAAUAACAUUUCACAUUGAGGAACAUUUGUUUGACUAAAUACUAUUAGUGCUAUAUUUAUUGUUUGCUAAAGUUUAUUCUAAUUGAAAUUUAUUGAUUUGCAUAAAAUUAGAUAUUUUGUUCUUAAUAUAUGUUUUCAUAUGAUCAUUUUGAAGCUUUGAAAUUUAGAAAAUUGAAAGUUGAAUAAAUUAUAUUUG